UAGAGGCCGAUGCUGAAAAAGGCAGAACCAAAUUAAAAUUUCGUGAGUGUAAUUAAAUUCCCAGCCGUAAUGUGCUGCACUGCAAAACUAUAACAAUAAUUAAAGAACGUACAAAGUACGUGUGCAACUCGCGGCACUUGUGAAUUUUAUCGGUGGGUGGGCAAAAAGCCACAAACUAAAACGCUUGCUACGACAAGCGAGUUCCGCCCUCGCCUCUCUCAUCAUCACAAGCCACUCCACCAAUAAGAGAGUAGAAAAAAUCGAUUUUGUGUGAUAGUGAUAACAGAGCUUACGCUUGCUUACGACGAGUCAUUUGUUGGCUGAGACGAGACUGACUCUGUUUUUGCAUUUGCACUACGCGACAUAAGCGACACAACAAACGGAGGAAGCAUGAAUUUGGAUUUUGUUCGAGUGUGCGGCAAGCACAAUCUCAUCUAUGAGGCAUACUACAAACAGAUUGACCCAAAGGGUACGGGCGCCAUUGAAGCCAUGACGGCGGCCAAGUUCUUGAAGAAAUCUGGUCUCAGUGAUGUGGUGCUCAGUCGUAUAUGGGAUCUAUCCGACCCCAAUGGCAAGGGAUUUCUCGAUAAGCCAGGUUUCUUUGUCGCCCUCAAGCUAGUCUCAUUGUCGCAGGCGGGCCAGGUGGCUAACAUGAACAACAUCUACAUGGACACAGUGCAACCACCAAAAGUGGGUGAUAUUCCUAAAGCAAUACCAUCUCGCAUGCCAGUCGCUCCUGUUGCUGCAGCUGGAGGCGGAGCCUCUGGUGGCGAUUGGACAAUUAGUGUGAUUGAUCGUCUCAAGUAUGAGCAACUAUUUGAAUCGCUGAAUCCACACAAUGGCAUGCUGCCGGGCAAUAAGGUUAAGGGUGUGCUUAUGGACUCCAAGCUGCCCAUGAAUAUAUUGGGUACCAUUUGGGAUCUGGCCGAUCAAGAUAAGGAUGGCAAUUUGGAUAAGCACGAGUUUAUUGUGGCCAUGCAUCUCGUCUAUCAGACACUCCAGAAGCGUACAGUACCCAGUGUGCUGCCACCCGAGCUUCGUAAGGCGCCCAAGCCGGCAAUGCCACCGCCACCAAAUGUGGCAGCAGCUGGACAUGGUGCUGCUAUGCCACGGGCACCUAGUGGCGAGGGAUUCGGUGAUGGUGGCUUCGUUGCCAAUUUUCCCAAAGAUAUUGCCCCACCGGCAGCUAUACCGCCGUUGCCCGUCGCUGUGCCGCCCAUGACGCGCAUACCGCCGGUGGGUGCGGUCAGCUCACAGCCGCUGAUACAAACUGAUCCGCUGAUACCAAUUGGAGCACCGCCAUCGGUGACAGCGAACGCCGAUUGGGUUGUUAGCUCCAGCGAAUUGCUGCGUUUUGAGGAAAUCUUUCGGCAAUCUGAUUUGGAUAAGGAUGGGCUAGUGUCUGGGCUGGAGGUGAAAGACAUAUUCAUUAAAUCGGGUAUACCACAGCGUAGUCUGGCAGAUAUCUGGGCACUUUGCGAUACCAAUCAAUCGGGUAAGCUAACUGUGGAACAGUUUGCUUUGGCCAUGUGGCUUGUGGAGCGUAAGCAACGUGGUGUGGAUCCACCUCAAGUUCUCACCGCCAACAUGGUGCCGCCAUCAAUGCGUGCGAUAGUCUCUGGUGUCGAUGUGCAGCAGCAGGAGCCGAAGCCAACAUAUUCGAACCCGGAACUGGAAAUGAUAUCCAAGGAAAUCGAGGAACUGGCUCGUGAGCGACGAGCUCUGGAAACGGAAAUUGCACAAAAAGAGGCCGAUGUUCGUAUCAAGAACGGCGAAGUGCGCAGCCUUCAGAGCGAAUUGGAUACAUUGACGGCAACUUUAAAGCAAUUGGAGAAUCAACGUGGCGAGGCACAGAAACGUUUGGAUGAUCUGCAGGCUCAAGUUACCCAAAAUCUGGCCGUGCUGGCCAAUGUAAGUCAUGAUAUAACCUACACCAAUGCUCAGGUCAAUAAGAUACGCGAUCAGUGUCACAAGCAAGAGGAGACGAUCAAUGAGCAGGAAGGUGAACUGAAUGCUAAACGCUCGGAACUGCAAAAGCUCAAGGAUGAAGAGUCAGCGCUGCAAAAGGAAUACGAUAAUAACAAUAAUGAGUUGUCAAAGCUCACUAAGCAUCUGCAAAACACACAGUUACAGAUCAGUUCGGUGCGGUCGAUGGUUACACAAUUGAUGGAAACACAGCGUCAAAUGACUGAUGCACUGCUCAUUUGUCGUGCUGCCAUGGAAAAUCAAAAUGCUGAGCUGGUCUCGGAAUAUCAGCUAAAGAUCGAGCCGGACUUUGAUGAUGCCCGCAAAACACUGGAAAAGGAGGUUGAAAUACCUAAAGACGAUCCAUUUGAUGAGAACAACAGUGGUGCCGCCAAUAAGGCAACCAAUGGCUUUGAUAAUGAUCCAUUCAGUGGACAGGGCAGCAAGCCCACGCCUGCCAUUAAGACCGGAUUUGAUGAUAGCUUCAACAUGAGUUCCGGCUUUGACAGCGGUUUCGAUGCAUUUGGCCAAAGUGGUGCAAGUGGCUUUGGCCAGACGACACGCGAUCCAUUUGGUGCUGAUGCAUUUGCUGCCAACAAACCAAGUGCUAUAACGCCUGAGCCUGGUAAGGAUGAUUUCGGCAGUGAUCCGUUUGCGGCUUUGCAUGCGCCAACAGGCCAAGGUCAGGUGCUUAGUCCCAAUACAAAUCGAUCUGGUCCACCGCCCAGACCAGAGUCACCUAGUCCAGCAUUGCCGCCAAAGAAAUCAAAGGUGCCGCCACCCAGACCAGCUCCACCACGUGCGUCACAGCCAUCGAGCGGCUUCGGCUCCAGCGCUGCUGGCGGCGGAGGAUUUGCUGAUUUUGAUGACUUCGACAAUAAGUGAACAUCUUAAUAAUUAUCAUACAUAUAUAUUUCUAUAAAUGCAUAGAUAUAUGCACAUACUUACAUAUAUGCAGAUACAUAUAUAUGUAUGUAUGUGUGUAUACAUAAUAUGACUAAUUUAAUAUAAUAUUGAUAUGGUACUAACACACAAUACACUCAAAAACAAAAACACACAGUCGAAAGUUGAGCCUAGCAGCAGAAGAACAAAUUUUAAGCGUACAAAUUCAAUUGCAUACAUAUAUAUUACAAUAUAAACACAACAUAUAUCAUAGAUGAUUCGGCAUCGUAAUGCACACAGGCCGUUAGCAUACUCGCAGUUUCAUGCCUAAUUAGAUAAAUGUACUAAAUUUAAAUCAAUUGAAUUGUCAAGAAUCCCCCAGACAAAAACGUUAUGUCGUGUUUAAUGUAGUCCAAAGAUGAAAAACCAAAAUCGAGAAAGAAAAACAAAAAUACAAAACACAAAAAAAAAAAAAUAAAGCAGCAGAAAGAAAGUCAUGUUUUUGGAAAUGUUGUGCAAUAUUUUGAAUUAUUAUAAAUAUAAUUAUGAGCAUUAUUCAAUUAAUUGAUAAUUUCAUUUCGAGCACAAGCGUCGACCAAAUCACAUUAUAUAUACUUGUAUUAUGCAUUUCAAAACUAUUUAUGUGCACCACGCUGAAUCGUUUUAGUUUGGAUUGCAUUCCAAGGAGAUGUGAAGCUAGUCCCAUGAAUGAUAGAAUGAAAUAUAAACUCAAAUAAGGAAUUUAAAUGCAAAUUGUUGUUGUUUCUGCAUAUGAUACUAAUGUUUAUAUCAAUUAUACACAAAAAGCUAAUACAUCUACAUAUACAACAAAAGAAAUAUGACCACAUAUACAUACAUACAUAUAUACUUACUGUCAUACUAAAAUGCAACUAUAGUAAAAAUAGUUCGAAUUUCAGUGACUUUGUAACUUCCAUGAAUGCUUUACUGUUUAUUGAAUCAUUUCCCAAAUGUGGAAGUUACAUUUAACUUAUAUUGCUUUUCACAUAGAGCUAAACAUAUGUAUGAAUCCAACUGUUAAUACAUUAUAUAGAGAGACACGAUGCCAUCGACUAGAGAGUAGGAGCAACAAUUCGAAAUUGAUUCAAUAACGUUUGUUUACCUAGAUACAGAUACUCGAUAAUUGUUCAUUGACGAUCGAUAAUCGUUUAGUCGGCGAUCGAUUAAUAAUCUAGUUCCCUAUUACAAAUACACACAAAAGCGUAUCUUGAAUUAAUUAAUUUAUUUGUAUGUUAUGGAAUUUUUUGAUGAAAGUGAAUAUCAAAUAUUAAAUGAAAGGAAAAGAAAGGAGGAAAGGAAGGACAUUCGCGAACUCGUAAUUACUUAAUAACAAUAAUACAUACCACGAAAACUGUUCAGAUACCGAAACAAAAAGCUUCCCGUACAUUGAUUUUAGUGUUUAUUACAUACAUACAUACAUACUUACUAAUGUAACGAAACACACAUAUUUGAUGAACAAAAGUUUUUGCAUUAAUUAAACAAGAAAUAUCUAUGUUCGACAUCAUUAAUAUUAAUAAUAAUAAUAAUAACGCAUAUAACAAGUGAGUUAUGAUAAACAAAGUAUAACCAUAACGAAAAUAAAGAAACAUUUUUGUCGCAUCCGGUUAUAUCAUGAUUGUUUUAUGCAGGGCUCUUUCCCACAGCCGCCCCGCCCCGCCCGCUCUCCCCUCUCUUCUCUUUU